AUGGCGAGGCGAAUCCAUUCCUCCUCUUCCUCUUCUUCAUCUUCCUUCUUCAGAGAUCUCCGAGCUCGAGAACUCGGCGCCUCGAAAGCUCCGAACCUCGCUGAUCUCUCCUCCGACCUUGGCGGCCGCGGCCGCGGAGUCCUCGCGGUCGAGCACUUCGGGGGCUCCACCCCUCCCCUCGCCAUCUCCUCCUCCAAGAGUAUCGCAAGUUGUCGCCUCCUCGCUGUUUCCGAUGAGGAUGGAUUCGUAAGCGUUUACGACACCCACCGGAAUCUCCCGUCGUGCGCCUCUUCUCUGGAGAAAUCAGCUGAAGCUAGGGUUUGUGACUGGGUUGCUCACAACAAUGCUAUUUUUGAUGUGUGUUGGAUAAAGGAUGAUGCACAAAUUCUAACUGCUUCAGGUGAUCAAACCAUUAAGAUAUGGGAUGCAGAAAAUAGGAAAUGCCUCGGAAUCUUGGUAGGGCACACAGGCAGUGUAAAAUCACUCUGCUCACAUUCGUCGAAUGCAGAUCUCGUUGUUUCGGGCUCAAGAGAUGGAUCUAUUGCUCUUUGGGAUCUGAGGUGCAUGUCCAAUUCGACAAACAGCCGAGGAGGAGCGCGCUUCUCAUCUGCUGCCGUUGUCAAAGAAGCACAUAGUCUUAUGCAAGGAAAGCGAGCUAGGCGAGGAAAGGCUGCUUCGAUGAGUAUCACAUCAGUUCUUUAUCUCAAAGAUGAUGUCUCCAUUGCCAGUGCUGGAGCAGUGGACAGUGUUCUGAAGUUCUGGGAUUCUCGGAACCUAAGAUCAGCAGUUUCUCAAACAAGCGUUGAGCCACAAAAUGGAAAGGAAAGAGUGCAACAUGGAAUAUCAUGCCUAUCUCAAGAUUCGAAUGGCGCAUAUAUUGCUGCUUCGUGCAUGGAUAAUAGGAUUUACUUGUAUGAUGUAAUUCACCUCCACAAAGGUCCAAUGAAGGUCUUCUCCGGAAGCAGAAUCGAGUCUUUCUUUGUGAAGUCGGCAAUUAGCCCUGACAGAACUCACAUUCUUGGUGGUUCUAGUGAUGGCAAUGCAUAUAUUUGGCAGGUAGAGAAACCUGAAGAAGAUCCUGUAAUUUUGACAGGCCACGAGGGGGAAGUUACGGCAGUUGAUUGGUUUACAUCAGAGGUUGGGAAGAUAGCGACUUGUUCUGAUGAUCUCACAGUCCGAGUUUGGAAUAUCGGCGAAAGGAAUUACAAGGAUGCAAAUUCUCCAACAGCAGUCAGAAAGAGGGUAACAGCACCCAACAUUGAAGGCAGGAGGCUUGUUAUAGAUGAACAGGCAGCAUGUUCAACAGAUAACCCCUCUUCACCUCAUAGACAUAAUGCAUUUGAGUUCAGUACCCCCGAAUCUGCGAAGAAGAGAAAUUUCGGUUCCCUCCUAAGCGAAGGACUAGAGAUGCAGAAGAGCCCAGAAGCUGAAUUAAGCAGCCCUUCAUCUGUUCUGAACCCUCCUCCCUCUCUGAAGAGGAGAACGAUUUGCGAUUACUUUGUCACUGCCUCUGAAAGUUGAAUCAUCUGAUCUUGGUCAUCUUCUUCUCUAUGUAUCGCAUAAAAUUUCAAUGACUCAAGCCCGUCGAGCGCAUUACCUGCAAUUUUUGUGUGCUAAUAGGUAGAAGAUAUCCAGCUCCUGUUGUCUCAACCAACUUAAAUGGUUUUUUUUUGGUCUUGGUGGAUCUUCUCUCUCUUUGGACUGCUCAAUUUUACAACAACUAUUCUUUUGCUCAUACCUACCAUGCCUAAAAUGUUCAUCUCUUUUCCAGCUAUGUAGCAGUUG